CAAAAUUGGAGGUCUCUUUCAAAGAUGUUUGCUCAACGUUUGAAUGCACGAGUCUAUGCCUUGGAUUUAAGGAACCACGGAGAGAGUCCUCAUUCAAAGGCGCACAGUUACGAAGUUAUGGCCGAAGAUGUCGCCGCAUUCAUACGUGAACAUCGGCUCAAAAAAAUAGUUGUCUUGGGCCAUUCUAUGGGUGGAAAGGUCGCCAUGACAAUGGCAUUAAGACAAGAACAACAACUCGAUCGGCUUGUGGUUGUCGAUAGCGCACCAGUUAAUUCUCGUAUAUCCCAAGAAUUUAAAAGAUACAUAGAUGUGAUGAAAAAGAUCGAACAAGUUGGUGUCGUAAAGCAAAGUCAAGCGGAUGAAAUCAUGAAGAAUUACAUCCCGGAAAUUACGAUUCGUCAAUUUUUGCUCACAAAUCUCAAAAAGGAUUCAACAACGGGUCAAUAUAAAUUUCGAAUCCCCUUAGAUGUUCUUGAUGACUCCCUGGGAACGAUGAGCGAGUUUCCUUUUGAUUCAGCUCACCACACUUUCCAUAAAAAGACGUUGUUCAUUUCCGGGUUGAGGUCAGACUAUGUGACUCCUAAGGUU